AUGACGCCUUCUAAUACGGGAUGGCCAGCCAUCGCGGCAGCCGGCCUGGUGGUGUUAUUCACAAUUGUCGCAUACAGACGUUAUCUAUCGCCACUCAGCAGUGUCCCGGGACCUUUUUGGGCUUCUUUCUCGCGUCUCUGGCACGUGUAUAUCACCAUCGAGGGAAAUCAGAACGAACAGCUUGUUGAAGCACAUGAAAAAUAUGGCCCUUUUGUGCGCCUGGCCAACAAUGAAGUCAGCGUCAGCCAUCCGGAUGCAAUCAAAAAGGUGCUUCUGGCGACGUUGGAAAAGGGAACCAUGUAUAAAAUGAGUACCUUUCCGGACUGGCGAUAUGAGAACCCAAUGUCCAUCACGGAUCCAAAGCGCAAGGUUGAGCUGUCCAAGCAGUUUGCCUCUGGCUAUACGCUUUCAAAUGCACUCAAGGCGGAAGAGUCAAUCGACAGGAGGGUUUCGCUCUUCCUUGACCGACUGAAUGAAUAUGCUACUUCGGGCGCUCCUAUGGAUUUGGCUAGCCAUAUCACUUACCUUACCCUCGAUCUUCUCGGAGAGGUACUGUUCAGCAAGCCAUUUGGCUACACCGAGGCAGGGUCCGACAUCAAAGGAAGCAUUGCCACCAACGAGAAAUUGAUUGGUGUCCAUGCCGUCGUGUCGCAUUUCCGCUGGAUUCAGCUCUUAGCACUCAAUCCGGUCACGACCAAGUUGAUGCCUUGGGGUCAUUUAUUCAACACGGCUUAUGACGCUUUGCAAGAGCGCCGCGCCAACCCCGACGCCCGCUUCGAUGUUAUUGCCCAUUGGCUCAAGACGGCCGCUGCACACCCGGAUCGUUUGAACGAUCGUGAUUUACUCGGCAACACCACGGCUAAUGUCGGCGCCGGCUCCGACACCAUGUCGUGUGCGCUGCAAAGCUUCAUCUACCACAUGGCCCGGCAGCCAGACGCUUGGUCGCGCGUCAGGGAUGAGAUUCGCAAGGCACAGGAGACUGAGGGCGCUUGUCGUUCCAGUAUCAUUGCGUACACAGAUGCAUCGAAACUUACAUACUUCCAGGCUUGUCUCAAGGAGUCAAUGCGCAUUCAUAACCCGGUGCCCAUGGGCUUGCCACGUAUAGCGCCUCCUGGUGGCUUGACCAUUGGAGAUCGAACUAUUCCCGCCGGUACAACGGUGUCCGUCAAUCCCUGGGUCAUUCACCACUCCAAGGAAAUAUGGGGGCCCGACGCACUCGAGUUUAAUCCUGACCGCUGGCUCGGUCCAGAUGCCGCUCAGCUUGAUAAAUAUUGGUGCCCGUUUGGUGCCGGCUACAUGUCAUGCCCCGGUCAGCAUUUUGCCAAGAUUGAACUAUCAAAGAUCCUGAGCACGGUCGUCAGGGAUUAUGACAUUUCUCUGGUCAACCCGCAGAAAAAGUGGAAGUGGAAAGCUUACUUCAUCUCGGUUCCUUACGAUUGGCCAGUAUAUGUAUCAAAGGUCGCGUCGUCCUAA